CAGCUGAAGCUCUCCCUGGUGCAGAGCAUCACUGAGAUCAGCCUUGCCAUCCAGGCUGCAGGCGCCGGCCCCAGGUUUGAGCUCUGCUGCAAGCGGGAGCUGCUGCAGACCCUGCUGGAGGUGAUUCAGGAAGAGCCCCAGGAGUCCCCGGUGCACCCCCGGGCCCUCGUGGCCAUGCAGCAGUUGAGCAAGCUGAAGCCCCGUCUGAGCAGGGAGGAAAACCGCCACCUCCUGGCUCAGUGCUGCCAGGGCAUCGUGUGCCUUCGUCGCCCGGAGCAGAUGGACAGGAGAGGGCAGACGGCGGUGGCUGCUUCAUGCCCACCGGGUGUGCAGGCGCCGUCCCUGCGAGCGCUGGGCCAGCUCAUGGGAGCCCUUCUCUGGGCAGAGCUGGCCCCCAUCCGCUUCGAGGACAUGGUGCAGGUCCUGCGGCGCUGGCUCACCUCGGCCCACGCAUGCGAGCGGGAGAGGGCCCUGCAGGUGUGCGUGCAGGUGCUGGGCUCUUAUGAAGAGAGAUGCGAGCACAGGCGAGGCCGUGCCUGCGAGUGGUUCGGCUCCCUGGCGGGACUGCUGGGGCCUCUGACGUGCGACACGUCGGCCGCGUCCCGCUGGUGGGCAGUGACCUGCCUCGGCCACCUGCUCCGAACAGGAGCCGAGAACACAGACGUGGCGCCCUGGACCAACGAGAUCGGGCGCCUGCGUGAGAGGCUCAGUGCCAUCACCUCUGAGUCUCUGCUGGCCACCUCCACCAACAUUGCGAAGGUAACUGGCCCCUGGAGUGCAGAGACGUGA